UUAUUGAGAUGGGAAUCGGAAUAUUGUGGAGACAAAUAUAGAGAAAUCAGUAACUCAUCAUUAUUUAAAAGGUGUCGUCUGAAUGUGAUCUAGGAAUGUGGGCCUAUUGAUAUUGAUGAGCUGCUACAUGUGUCCUAGGAGUGUCAUAUAGCAUAAACAUAUCCGGUAAUUCUGAUAGUAUUGUUCAGUCGAUAUUAGGCUACACUCUGUCUGACUGAACUCACAUGUGCAUAUUGCGUUCGGGCUUCAAGUUGAAUUGUUUCUCAGUACAGGAUUAAUGUACCACUGUCUCUUUAAAAAAAAAAAAGGUACCUCAUAUUGUCCAGGAAGUUGUCACGUAAUCGGAGGACGGCGUUCAUUGUUUGUAUCCGAUAGGUCGAAGGUAUACUGUUACUUUGUAGCAGAGUGUUGCAAUUAUCUUACUUUAACCUGUUCUAUAUCCUUCCUCCAUGAUUUCAAUCAUGAACAGGGUGCAGUUGAAACGCUCGAACAUCUUGAGAAUGGCUCUAGCAGGCUCGGACGCCAUGGAUGGAGGAAAAGGCGAGACGUUUCUACUUAAAGCCAUCAAAAUAGGUGGUGUGGUCGCAAUUUAUUGGUUCAUUUCAAUAACCAUGGUGUUCUUAAAUAACUACUUGCUAGACAGUAAAGAUUUGGACGCGCCGCUAUUUGUGACAUUUUACCAGUGCCUUGUGACUGUCGGACUGUGCUAUGGCAUGCACUUGCUAUCCCACUUAUGUCCGGGUGUCAUCGACUUCCCCUCGGUCAAGUUCGACCUAAAGGUAUGCCGGGAGGUUCUACCCCUGUCCAUCGUGUUCAUUGGAAUGAUAACCUUCAACAACUUGUGCCUGAAGCAUGUAGGGGUGGCCUUCUACACUGUCGGCAGGUCACUCAGCACGGUCUUCAACGUCCUACUCUCCUACGUGAUCCUCAAGCAGACAACUUCCUUCUACGCCAUCCUGUGUUGUGGAAUUAUUCUAGGUGGAUUCUGGUUGGGUGUGGACCAGGAAGGUGUGGCGGGCUCCCUGUCGUGGACGGGUGUGUUUUUUGGUGUGCUGGCCAGCGCCUGCGUCUCCCUCAACGCCAUCUUCACCAAGCGGGUCAUGCCGGCGGUAGACGGAAACAUCUGGAAGCUCUCCUUCUACAACAACAUCAAUGCCUGCAUCCUCUUCCUCCCACUCAUCCUCGUCUUUGGUGAGGUCGGCCACCUCGUCCAUUUCAGCCGCCUGGGUGACCCCACGUUCUGGGGCAUGAUGACGUUGGGCGGCGUGUUUGGUUUCGCCAUCGGCUACGUGACGGGCCUCCAAAUCAAGUUCACGAGUCCGCUGACGCACAACGUGUCGGGGACGGCCAAGGCCUGCGCUCAGACGGUCAUCGCUGUGGUCUAUAACCAGUCCAGUAAAAGUUUCCUGUGGUGGACUAGUAACCUGAUGGUCCUUGGUGGGUCUUCUGCCUACACCUGGGUCAAAGGCAUGGAGAUGAAGAAGGUCCAUAUUCCCCAGGAGGAGUCCAAAGAGAAACUGCUAGGGGAGAAGAGUGAUGCCGGGGUAUAGUGGGAUGAGGAUGACCUUUCACCAUGGUGGUGACCCGAGGGUAUAGUGGGACUAGGAUGACCUUCCACCAUGGUGGUGACCCGAGGGUAUAGUGGGAUGAGGAUGACCUUUCACCAUGGUGGUGACCCGGGGGUAUAGUGAGACUAGGAUGACCUUCCAUCAUGGUGGUGACCCGGGGGUAUAGUGGGAUGAGGAUGACCUUCUGCCAUGGUGGUGGUGGUGGUGACCCGGGGGUAUAGUGGGAAGAGGAUGACCUUCUGCCAUGGUGGUGACCCGCUGGUGACAGAAGACAAUGUAAACACCAAGGCCUAACCACGGAGUUGUUUCUACAGCGAUGUUAUGUUGGAACAGUUGGGCUGUGUGCUGUCAAUAUAAAUGAACGUUACUAUAGUAACACAAACAGAGGUGUAGGAAGGCUACAGGGUUGUUUUGUUACUCAGUGGGACCUUAUUGUUUUAUAAUUUCCUUACAAGGUUAUUUUGUCCAAUUCUGUUAUUUAUUCAAUGUGGGGGGGGGGGGGGGGGUUAUGAAUUAUAACCUAAAUCAUUACUGUCUCUUUUUUCAGAACAUGAAUCAUAUGUCCGUAGGAUAGUACCUAAAUCAAUUUACUUUCCUGUUAGCCUGUAUGUGUCAUCAGAAAUGUGACACAAAACUGCAAUAUGACACGGUGAAAGACAGUUUUAUGGCAAGUGGGGCUCUUGUGUUGGGUAUACAGUUUGCAUAUGGAGGGUGGAGACCGACUGUAAGGCUACAAUAGCUCACCUUAGUUACUAAGUGAUUAAGCCAGUGCUGGUUUUAUGGACAGCUUUACGUUAUAUCUUUGAAGCAGUGACCCUGUAGGUGAUAAAAGUGAAAACCGUCAAAGCGAUGGUUGGUUCUCUCUCGCUUCAGUAGGGGCACUACAUUUUAAAUAAUUGACAACAAGGGAUGUAAUCUGAACUGUUUAUGCCCUGAGAUGGAGAUUUUCUAUGGCUGUUUAUUUUGUGUGUUUUGUCUUCAAAGAAACGGAUUAUAGAAGGAAUGGUAAAGAUAAUGUAUGUGUUGAUGUAUUGUCUGUGUCAUGAAACUUCAAUCAUGAAGGAAGACUGUCGGGUAACCGGCCUGCGGGAGCAUUAUUAUUAUGUCAUAACUCCUUCCUGUCUCAGCGCUGGGUUGAGACCCUGCACUCUAAAACACCCUCCUUUCCUAAAGUCCUCUCUGCUUGUCCUCUUCUGUAGUGUCAUCAUUUCAGACCAAUGAGAAUAAGGAAAUGGGACACUAGAAAAGGAAUUUACAUAGAAAGACUCAAGGCUGGUGAUCUGAGAGAUCCUACAAUGUGGGUCUCUCAGAUUUCAGGUUUUGCUUCUUGAUACAAAGUCUGUUUUUCUUAUAUUUUUUGCUCAGGGUUUGUAGUGCGUUGGAAGAUACCGUACAUGGGAUUUCCAAAACUAGUUAGCCUACAUAGAUGGGUAUUCUUCAGAUUGCGUUUUUAAUGUGACUUUUUUAUGUGUACUUCAGAAAAAUAAAUGGACAUUCUGUUAAUCAUAA